CGCGGGAGGGGCCCGCCCGGGCUGUUCCCCACGGCGCUGGAGACUUGAAAGUUGCAUUUAAAGCACUCGCAGAACAAUGAGCCCUUUAUUUGCGGACACCUUCUUCCCGCAGAUGCGAGCGCGCAGCAAAAGCGUUUGCACUGCUUUCACGGCCGUCUGGUGUCUGUCGGUCUGCUUUUCUCCUGCCGUCCAGGUUGCGGCAAAGCGCCUGGUCACCGCUGGCGUCUCCUUUCACUGCCGUGCAAGCUGCAAACAGUUCGCAGCCUCUGCCUUGCUGUCCCACUGACAGAGCCGAAGACAGAGUUCCCUGAAGUAUUAGGUUAGCCGGGAUGGCCUUCCACAGCCUCAGUCUCCCUUUUUUUUUUUUUUUCCUGCUGGACUUGAGAACUGGACAACUCAAUUUUUUCCCUUUUCCGUUAACGAGCUUCAGUAAGCCAUCUUUAAAAAUCGGUUCAUGACCUGUAGGACUUUACACAACAAGGUAAGCUGAAACAUAUGUUUUGCGCUGUGGUUUUCUUUAGCAGUCUGAAGGAGAACAUCUAUACUGCAUCUCUGUGAUGCUUCACGUGGCAAGACAUACUUGAGAAUGUGGAGGAAAAAGCAGCGACUGCCAAGGGAAUUUGGAUAACACAGGCUGGACUGAUGAGCCUUAUCCUGCAAGCAUCACAUAGGUGACACUUGCAGCUGCCAGAAGUCAGUUUGAAGUCAACUCCAUUAAUGGGCUCUGUCAAGCUGUAGCCUGAGAAGAUUUGAUGCAACCCCCCUACGUCUAGCACUCUGCUAGGGGGUAGAUAAGACCAGCAUAGUUGCCAGCUGUUCACGGUAUUAGCCAUAUUCUUCCUUACGCAUCAGACCCUGGAUUCCCACUAUGCAUAAAUCUACCAUGAUUAUAAAGAAGCUUGGAGACGCACAACCUGAAAUUCUCCAACACCAGAUAAUGAAGGAUCUGGAGGCCGGGGAGAAGAUGAGCAGUGAGGCGCUAUGGCUCUUCAAGCAGCUGAAUCUCCACCUGGAGCAGGAGGGGCGGUUUCAGCCCCGCGAGAAGGGGCUCAGCCUCAUCGAGUGUGCGGCCGAGAAUGAAAAUACUCUGUGCCCGAGACUAAGGAAUGUCAAGGUGGAAGAUCUUUGGAGUCUGACCAACUUUUUUGGUUUUGCAACUGAAACAUUUGUUUUGGCUGUUAACAUCCUGGACAGAUUCUUGGCUCUAAUGAAGGUGAAACCAAAGCAUUUAUCUUGCAUUGGAGUCUGUUGUUUCCAACUGGCUGCCCGAGUAGUUGAAGAAGAAUGCAAUAUUCCAUCUGCUCAUGAGAUCAUCCGGAUCAGCCAAUGUAAAUGCACUGUGUCCGACCUGAAACGGAUGGAAAAGAUAAUUUCAGAGAAGCUGCACUUUGAAUUUAAAGCUACUACUGCCUUAACCUUCUUGCACUUGUACCAUGCUAUUGUACUCUGUCAUACCUCAGAAAGGAAAGAAGUAUUGAAUCUUGACAAAUUGGAAGCACAGUUAAAAGCUUGCAACUGUCGUCUAGUCUUUUCUAAAGCAAAACCAUCUGUCUUGGCCUUGUGCCUUCUCACUCUAGAAGUUCAGACUUUGAAAUCUGUUGAGCUGUUUGAGAUCCUUCUGCGUGUUCAAAAGCAUUCAAAGAUAAGUGAUAGUGACCUACUUUACUGGAGGGAACUGGUCUCGAAAUGCCUAGCAGAUUAUUCUUCUCCUGAAUGUUGCAAGCCAGACCAUAAAAAGCUAGUUUGGAUUGUUUCAAGACGUACGGCCCAGAAUCUACAAAACAGUUACUACAGUGUUCCUGAAUUGCCAACGAUACCGGAGGGUGGAUGUUUCAAUGAAAGCGAGAGUGAAGACUCCUGUGAAGAUAUGAGCAGCGGAGAAGAAAGCCUUAGCAGUUCUCCUCCUAGUGAUCUGGAAGGCACCUUCUUCUUUGACCUCAAACCUAAAACGAAGUGGCAAACUCUUAACUCUCAGUCUUAGCAUUAAUGCUUGAUAGUUCUAGGUUAGGAAUUUUAAUGCACCAUAGUGUUUUGGCAAUAAUAAGUGAGGAGGUAUACUCUAUAUACUGUCUGUAUUAAGGCAAGAGUUGCCAUGGUAUAUCCAAAUACUUAGAAUGCCUGCCUUGUGUUGUUCUAACUUUAAGGAGAAACUUCCGUUCAGGUCCCAGUUCAGCAAAAAGCUUCAUGUGUAGUUCUGCUGUCAACAAGGACAAAUGUUGCGGAGUACUGUGCCAUUAUAGUUCUGUUAAUAAGGUCAAGUGCAAUUGUGCACCUGGGGUUCCUCAUGCUCAGCAGCUAAAUGGAAGUCAGCAGUGUGUCUCUGUAGCAGUGGAGGCUGACAGCAUACUGGGCUGCAUUAACAAGAGGAUAGCCAAUAGUUUGAGAGAAGUAGGGUUUUCCCCCCUUUACUUGGCAUUUGCUAGAUCUCGUCUGGAAUAGUGUGUCCAGUUUUGGGCCUGCAGUAUGUAAGAAAGACCUUGAUCAACUUGCUCAAGUCCAACAGGGAGCUGCCGAGGGGUUUGAGCCCCGAGGGACCUGGGUUUGCUCAGCCUGACAAAGAAAGGGCUUGGGGUGGGGGUGAUGGCAGGGGAUUGAAUAGCAGCUGUUCAGUAUCUAAGAGGAGGUUAGUGAGAAGAUGAAUUCAGGCUCUUGACAGAGCUGAAUGGUGCAAGUAUGAGAUGGUGCUUGUAAAUUGAAAUGGGAGGUUCCCAGUUAGGGGAAGAAGUUCUCUGUGGGGACAGUCGAGCAUAGGAACAGGGCCCGGAGGGGCUGUGCAGUCUCUGUUCUGGGAAGCUGUCAGUGCUUGAUGCAACAAAACCCUGAGCAAGCUGGUCUGAACUCAGGAGGUCUUUAGUCCAACCUCCUGCUCAAAGUCAAUACUAAGGACCCCUGCAUCCUGAAGUAUUCUGUGAUAGUCUUGAAUUGGGUGAAUGGCUUGUGUGGGAGCGAUGGGCAUACGCAAAAGUACCACGCCAAAGUGAUGCUUUACUGUCAAAUGGGCCUUUCUUUAAUACUGAAAUUGCUUUUACACUACUUCGUAUGUGCUAUGCUUCUUUUGGGAAGGAGCAUUUUAGCUGAUCUUGUGUUUUGUACUCAAAGGGCAUUUUUAAAAGCUUAUUUUUUCAUAAACUUGAGGAAUCCCUGUUUUAAAGUAGGAAUAUGCCUAGUAAGAGUGUAGUUCUGGUAAGAAUGGAGGUUUUCCUGUUUUCAAUAUUAGUCUGUUUCUAAAAAGGAUAGUGUGAAGUGUGUGACAGGGCUUACUUUCAUGUUUUGUUUAAACUAAUGCAAACUAGCUUACACUGAAAUUUGCAUUGUAUACUUCAGUGUGUUUAAACUCCUAGUGUUAAUAUGUCAAUCCAUACUAUUAGAAUAGGCUUAUUAACAUGAUAAAUUUGGUAAGUUGACAUUCCUUUAAAUAUUUAACCCCUGUAGUUGAUUUCAGUAUCUUCAUAUUAUUGAUUGAGUCAUAAUCAGACUUGUUUGCAUGCUUAUGUAAAGCAGUUAGUGCAGGAAAAGUUGAUAUUAUGCAGUAAUAUCAGGUAAAUGUGAUGUUGAAGUAGUUGAUGUAGUGUUUUUUCCUGAACUUUUUAUUGAAGCACACAAACUUUAGUAUGAUUGCAUUUCUCCAUAUUGAGAAUAUGGCUAGGUAGCAAGUGAAGAAAUUCACUCAGAAUAACGGUGUGAAGUGUGGUGGUGCCAAAGUAGAAAUGAAGGGGCAAACAAGCUAAUGGCGGUUGUUUUGUAGAUUACUGUUUAGAAUGAUAUGAGCAGUGCCAUAAGUUCAUAACUGUUAUGUGCUUUCAUUUUUUUAAAAAUAUAAAAAGUUUACAAAAAUGUAUAUAAAAAUGUAAAUUAAAAAAUGUACAGAAAAAAAUUUAAAACAAAAAAUGAGCAGAAAAUACUGUAUUUUUUUACAUUGUAUGUAACUUUUUGUAGGUAUGUUGCAUGUAGAUAUUAAUUUAUUGUGUACUCUAUGAUAAUAUUGUACAUUUGAAGACUUCUUACUGCAAGUCUCUGCACCUGGAAGCUCACUUCUGAAACAGAGUACCCUUGUUAGAGGUAAUGAACCUACUGAGUUUUGUUUCAGUUGAGAAUGACAAUAAACCAAUUGCUGUAUUUGUUAA